AAAAUCUCAAAAACAAACUCUCAAUCUUAAAAAAAAAAAAAAAAAAAUCGAAUUCUCUUCCUUCCUCCUCUCCUUCUCUGAGUUCAUAACUAUCAUAACUGUUUCUCAAAGAAAGAAACUUCUGUGCUUCACUGCCUACUUCAACUCUCAAAAUUCUUUAAUUAGCUCACAAAAACCAAAAACAGCCCAUAAGCAUCCAAAUCGAGAAAAGCCCUAAGUUGAAUGGGGUACCCGAUUCCGACUUUCGUUUGAUCUGUGCAGUAUUGACAAAUUUGGACCGAAAAACCACAAUUGUGUUUCACCUUACCGGAAAAGUUUUAACUUCCGCCGGAAACAAACAUAAAGCUGGAAUUUUGACUAAGCGUGAUUGGAAAAUGAGGCGGAGACCAAUGGAUUUUCGACGACCGGUGAGGAGGCGGUUUUCGAAUGUGGUGUGGUGGACACUCUUUGGUAUACUGGUCUUGCUCUUUAUAAUCAUUUUCAGUAAAGAGAGUCAGAUUGAAUCUAGACCUGCCCAUGGUAAGAAAUCUUACUCUCAUGAUAGGAUUAUGGAAGGCCUAAAUAUUACUGAUGAAAUACUGAGCCCUAACUCAGUCACUAGGCAACUUAGCGACCAAAUUUCUCUUGCAAAAGCUUUUGUUGUGAUUGCAAAAGAGAGCAACAAUCUGCAAUUUGCUUGGGAAUUAAGUGCCCAGAUUCGCAAUUCACAGGUCCUCCUUUCUAGUGCUGCAACAAGACGAGCUCCAUUGACAACCAGAGAAUCAGAAACUGCAAUCCGUGAUAUGGGGCUUUUGCUCUACCAAGCCCAACUGCUGCACUAUGAUAGUGCAACUAUGAUCAUGAGACUGAAAGCCAAAAUCCAAGCUCUUGAAGAACAAAUGAGUUCUGCGACUGAAAAGAGUUCAAAGUAUGGCCAAAUAGCUGCAGAAGAAGUUCCAAAAGGUCUUUACUGCCUUGGUAUUCAGCUAACUACUGAAUGGUUUGGAAAUUUGAAUUUGCAGCGGAAAAUCAAUGAAAGAAUGCACAUAGAAUCAAAACUUAGAGAUAACAAUCUUUAUCAUUUUUGUGUUUUCUCUGACAACAUACUUGCGACUUCAGUUGUGGUCAAUUCAACUGCAUUAAAUUCCAAAAGGCCGAAUAUGGUUGUCUUUCAUCUUGUAACUGAUGAAAUAAACUAUGCUGCAAUGAAGGCCUGGUUUUCCAUGAAUGAUUUAAGAGGAGUGACUGUUGAGGUUCAAAAGUUUGAAGACUUUAAGUGGCUGAAUGCUUCUUAUGUUCCAGUUCUUAAACAGCUCCAGGACUCAGAAACUCAAAACUACUACUUUUCAGGCCACAAUGAUGAUGGUGGGACUCCAAUCAAGUUCCGGAACCCAAAAUAUCUGUCUAUGCUAAAUCACCUCAGAUUUUAUAUUCCGGAAGUUUUUCCUGCAUUGAAGAAGGUGAUAUUUCUUGAUGAUGAUGUAGUGGUUCAGAAGGAUCUUUCUGCUCUAUUUUCUAUUGAUUUGAAUGGCAAUGUCAAUGGAGCAGUAGAGACAUGCAUGGAGACAUUUCACCGGUAUCAUAAGUACCUGAACUACUCUCACCCACUCAUUCGAGAGCAUUUUGAUCCGGAUGCUUGCGGUUGGGCAUUUGGGAUGAAUGUUUUUGAUUUGGUCGAGUGGAGGAAAAGAAAUGUGACCAACAUUUACCAUUACUGGCAGGAAAGGAAUGUAGACAGGACACUUUGGAAACUUGGCACUCUACCACCUGGACUUUUGACCUUCUAUGGAUUGACACAGCCUUUAGAUCCCUCAUGGCAUGUGUUGGGACUGGGAUACACAAAUGUUGAUCCUCACUUGAUAGAGAAGGGGGCAGUGUUGCACUUCAAUGGGAACUCAAAGCCAUGGCUGAAAAUUGGGAUGGAAAAGUACAAGUCUCUAUGGGAGAGGUACAUAGAUUAUUCCCAUCCUUUAUUGCAACAGUGCAAUUUUCAUUGAUUUCGGACAUGGGAAGCUUCAUAUUUCCCCUUGUGCGCAAGAAUAUCCAAAUUUUUGUAGUCAAAGUAUGCUUGCACAAUUUUUACAAGAUUAAGCAUGGCUGGUGGUUGUAGAAGUGCCUGUUGUAGCAUAGAAUGCUUCUUAUGACAACAAUCAUUGAGGGUUAUCCAACCAAGAUUUCAUUUGGUCUAUAUUUAUGUAGACUGAGUUGUAAUCAAACAUUUAUCCAUAGCAGGUUUUAGUUCUCAUUUC